AGUAGAGUCUUGCGGAUCGGUAUGAAGACGUCCAUACCUAUCUUCGAGAGGCUAUAGGACAUUUAGGAAAUAUUCUGUUCUUUUAUUCAUUAUCGUGCACACUUGACCUUGUAGAAAUUCUAAUCUUGAUAUCUCAUUCUCUCUUAGAUGGCGAGGAAUCGUACAUCGGCAAGUGGUGGUCAGGAUCCUAUUCCUGCGCCUUCUUCUGGGAACACUGUCCGAGGUAGAGGUAGGAGACGAGCUCGAGGUCGGGGUAGGGGCCGUGUUGCAGCACCUGUGGAUGUUCAAGUACCAGUAGCUACCCAGGGUCGUGAUAGGACCGUACCUCCUGAUGCAGAGGUUAUUCAUGGGGAUGUGCAAGAUCGUGUCGAGGGGGAUGGGCCAGCUCAGGCUCCAACCAGUACUAUUGUCCCCCCAGUGCUUCAAGAUACCUUGGCUCGUAUGUUAGGAAUCCUAGAGGGGAUGGCCCAGGCAGGAGCUUUGCCUGUCACUUCUGAUGGCUCACAGACCCGUGUUGGAGGUCAAACUCCAGAUCCGAUAGUUGCUCCAGAUUCUCAGACUCCCAGGACUCAGCCAGCUGCCGCUGUAGCUCCUCGUUUGGAUAGUAUGGAGUUUCCAGAUAUGACAUCACAUUUGGUGAACAGGCCUUCUAUGACUAUUGAUGAGCAAAAGAUGUUUGGGAGGUUCAGACUAAUGAAUCCUCCUACUUAUACUGGUGACUUAGCUGAGGAUGCAUAUGAGUUUAUAGUUAGUUGUCAUGAGAGGUUGCAUAAUCUUGGAUUAGUGGAGUCUCAUGGAGUUGACUACACAGCGUUUCAGAUGACUGGCUCUGCUAAGCAGUGGUGGAGGGAUUAUAUUAGUAGUAGGCCAGCUGGAUCUCAUCCACUAUCCUGGACUGAGUUUACUCAGGUAUUUCUAUCCAAAUUUGUUCCACGCAGUGAGAGGGAGCGCAAGAGGGCCGAGUUUGAGGGUUUGCAGCAAAAUGGUAUGUCAGUUGCAGAGUAUGAGGGUAAAUUUCAUGCCUUGGCUAGGCAUGCUUCGAUGAUACUUCCCACAGAGGCUGAGAGAGUGAGGAGGUUUGUUAAGGGGCUGAUUAUUCCAAUUCGUCUAGGAGUUUCUCAGGUUGCUGCUUCUGGUGUUCCAUUCCAGAAAGUGGUAGAUGCUGCUAAGGAGUUGGAGAUGAUUCGACGUGAGGGAUUUGAGCAGCGAGAGGGCAAGAGGACUCGUUAUUCAGGUGAUUAUGGUGGUGCUCCGCCUAGGAGUCGGGGUUACUUGGGCAGAGGUUAUCACCCUCAGUCCAGCAGACCCAUUCAUGCUGCUAUACCAGCGUCUGAGGCUGGUUACGCUGGGCAUAACUCUUCGAGCUCGGUACAUACUUCGCAGGGUUCAUCUUCUAGACCUGUAGUUCGUGGAGGGCAUUCUGGUCAUUCAGGUUCCUCUCAUCAGCCUGCGUCUCGUAGGGGUUGCUUCGAGUGUGGUGAUAUGGGACACUUUGUGAGAGACUGCCCUAGGACCAGACGUGGUGGCUUACAUCAGGGUUCUCAGGCUUCGACUUCCAGGGCUGCACAACCUCCAGCUAGGGGUGGUGCACAGAAUGGUAGAGGUGGUUCUCAUUCAGGUAGAGGUGGUUCUCCUUCUGGUCGAGGUGGUGGUCGUGGAGGUUCACAAUCUGAUGGAGGUCGUUCUCACUGUUAUGCUUUUCCAGGUAGGCCAGAGGCUGAAGCCUCAGAUGCUGUUAUCACAGGUAUUAUUCCGGUUUGUCAUCGACCAGCUACUGUAUUAUUUGAUCCAGGCUCUACUUAUUCUUAUGUGUCCACAUAUUUUGCUCCUAGUCUGGAUAUAUUGUGUGAGUCUCUUGAUUUGCCGAUACGUGUUUCUACUCCUGUCGGGGAUUCUGUAGUUGUAGAUCAAGUGUAUCGUUUAUGUACUGUUACUUUGAUGGGGUAUGACACUCAUGCAGAUUUAAAGGUCUUAGAAAUGAUAGAUUUUGAUGUGAUUCUUGGUAUGGAUUGGUUAUCUUCUUACCACGCAAUUUUAAAUUGUCAUGCCAAGACCAUCACUUUAGCUAUGCCUGGAAUUCCUAUAGUAGAAUGGAGAGGUACUCUUAGUCAUCCUUCUAAGGGUGUGAUAUCAUUCCUUAAGGCUCGUCAGUUGGUACAGAGAGGAUGUUUGGCUUACUUGGCCCACAUUCGAGAUACUAGUAUUGAGACUCCUAUGCUUGAGUCUAUUCCAGUGGUGAGUGAAUUUUCAGAGGUAUUCCCGACCGAUUUGCCAGGUCUUCCACCAGAUCGUGAUAUUGAUUUUUGUAUUGAUGUGGAGCCAGGCACUCGGCCUAUUUCCAUUCCUCCUUAUCGUAUAGCACCGGCUGAAUUGAAAGAGUUGAAGGAGCAGUUGCAGGAUUUGUUGAGCAAAGGUUUUAUUAGACCAAGUGUAUCUCCUUGGGGUGCUCCAGUGUUAUUUGUGAAGAAGAAAGAUGGAUCUAUGCGUAUGUGUAUUGACUAUCGGCAGUUGAACAAGGUAACCAUCAGAAAUAAGUAUCCGAUACCUCGUAUUGAUGAUUUAUUUGAUCAGUUGCAGGGUGCUUCAGUUUUCUCCAAAAUUGACUUGAGAUCUGGCUAUCAUCAGCUGAAGGUUAGGGCGGAGGAUAUCCCUAAGACGGCUUUUCGAACACGUUAUGGUCAUUACGAGUUUUUGGUGAUGUCUUUCGGACUGACUAAUGCCCCAGCAGCUUUUAUGGACUUGAUGAAUGGAGUGUUCAGACCGUAUUUAGAUUCCUUUGUUAUUGUCUUCAUAGAUGAUAUAUUGAUAUACUCACGCACUAAGGAGGAACAUGAGCAUCAUUUGAGGAUUGUUCUUGGGAUUCUAAAGGAGAAGAAGCUUUAUGCAAAGUUUUCAAAGUGUGAGUUUUGGCUUAGUUCGGUAGCAUUCUUGGGACAUGUAGUGUCCAAGGAGGGUAUCAUGGUGGAUCCUAAGAAGAUUGAGGCGGUUAGAGAUUGGGUCAGACCUACUUCAGUUACUGAGAUUCGGAGUUUCUUGGGCCUUGCAGGUUAUUAUCGACGGUUUGUUGAGGGUUUCUCAUCCAUUGCAUCUCCAUUAACUAGAUUGACACAGAAGGAGGUGACUUUUCAGUGGUCUGACGAAUGUGAGGUUAGUUUCCAAAAGCUCAAGACUUUAUUGACUACUGCUCCGAUUUUGACCCUACCCGUGGAGGGAGAGGGUUUUGUCGUAUAUUGUGAUGCUUCUCGGGUUGGUCUUGGUUGUGUGUUGAUGCAGAAGGGAAGGGUGAUAGCUUAUGCUUCGAGGCAGUUAAAGGUUCAUGAGAAGAACUACCCUAUUCAUGAUUUAGAGUUGGCGGCUGUUGUGUUUGCAUUAAAGAUUUGGAGGCAUUAUCUUUAUGGUGUGCAUUGUGAGGUGUUCACGGAUCAUCGUAGCCUCCAGUAUAUAUUCAAUCAGAGGGAUCUAAAUUUGAGGCAGAGGAGAUGGUUGGAGUUGCUCAAAGACUACGAUAUGACUAUUCUUUAUCACCCAGGCAAAGCAAAUGUUGUAGCAGAUGCCUUGAGUCGGAAGGCGGUAAGUAUGGGUAGCCUAGCCAUGUUACAGGUUGGCGAGCGUCCUUUAGCUAGGGAUGUCCAAUCCCUGGCCAAUAGCUUUGUGAGACUUGAUAUUUCAGAAUCUGGUAAGGUAUUGGCUUAUAUAGAGGCUAGGUCAUCCUUGUUGGAGCGGAUUCGAGCUCAACAGUUUGAUGAUGGUGAUUUAUGUAAGAUUAGGGACAAGGUUUUAAAAGGAGAAGCCAAGGCUGCAAUUCUUGAUAGUGAGGGAGUUUUGAGGAUUAAGGGUCGUAUAUGUGUUCCUCGUACAGGGGAUUUGACCAGAUUGAUCAUGGAGGAGGCUCAUAGUUAGAGGUACUCUAUUCAUCCGGGGGCUACUAAGAUGUAUCGUGACUUGAAGCAACAUUAUUGGUGGUGUCGUAUGAAGAGGGACAUAGUAGAUUUUGUAUCCCACUGUCUGAAUUGUCAGCAAGUGAAGUAUGAACACCAAAAGCCUGGAGGUGUGACACAGAGGAUGCCUAUACCUGAGUGGAAGUGGGAGGGUAUUGCUAUGGACUUUGUGGUAGGAUUGCCAUGUACUUUGGGUAAGUUUGAUGUUAUAUGGGUCAUUGUGGAUCGAAUGACUAAGUCUGCACACUUUGUACCAGUUCAGACGACCUAUAAUUCAGAGAAGUUAGCCAAAAUCUAUAUUCGAGAGAUAGUUCGUUUGCAUGGGGUUCCUAUUUCUAUUAUUUCAGAUCGUGGCACUCAAUUUACAUCUCAUUUCUGGCAGUCUAUGUAGAAAGAGUUGGGCACUCGGGUGGAUCUUAGUACAACCUUUCACCCUCAGACUGAUGGUCAAUCUGAACGGACUAUUCAGGUUCUCGAGGAUAUGUUGCGGGCAUGUGUGAUUGACUUUGGUGGUCAGUGGGACCAGAGAUGUCAAUCUCCAAUUGGCUGGUUUGAUGCAUUUGAGGUUAGACCAUGGGGUACAGAUUUGUUGAGGGAGUCCUUGGACAAGGUCAAGUUGAUCCAAGAUAGACUUCUCAUGGCUCAGAGCAGGCAAAAGAGUUACGCAGAUAGGAAGGUUCGUGAUUUGGAGUUUAUGGUUGGAGAGAGGGGUCUACUUAAGGGUUGUGAAUCUCGUGAAGGGGGAUUCUAUCAUUUUAAUAAUAAGCCAUUUAUUGUUAAAGCUUGGACAACAGACAUGGAGUUCACAAGAGAUGAACUUACAGUACCUAUAUUGGUAAAACUACCUGGACUUGAUUUUAAAUAUUGGAGUUCAAAUGGACCAAGUAAAAUUGGUUGUCUAGUGGGAAAACCUUUGAUGGUGGACCAACACACUGAGAAGAAAGUUGGGUUAAACUUUGCAAGGCCGCUGAUUGAAGUACAGAUGGAUGUGGAAACAUGGUUCAGAAAUGAAAAAGGUAAAUUGAUUGAACAAAGAGUGUUGUAUGCUGGAAGCCUUCCUUUUGUAUACACUGCAAAAAACGGGCAUAAUGAAGGGGAAUGUUAG